CCCUUGCCGGACCGAGCCGAGGCGAGCCCUGCCGAGUCGCUCUUAGCUUGUUCCGAGCCGAGCCGAGCCGAGCCGAGCCGAGCCGAGUCAAGCCGACGCCUUGCAGAGCCUCUCCGAGCUCCGCCGAGCCGGGGCUGUCCUCGCAGCCCUCGCCUCCGAUGCCGCGGGGCGGCCCCCGGCCGGCAGCUCUCGGGGCCUGCAGCGCGGCGGGCUCCCGGCAGGCGGAGCCGAGCAGCGGGGCUGGGAGGCCGCACGGCCGGCGGGAGCUGAGGGGCGACGGGGCCGGCGGCCGGAGCUGAGGGCAGCUCGGUGGUCUACGCCGCGCUGCAGCAGCGGGGGCCGGGCCCCUCGCUGCCACUGUCCUUCUCCGGGGCGGCGGGGAUGGCGCUCGGCCGCGGCCGCCUGGGGCUCCUGCUCCUCGGGGCGCUGCUCGCGCUGCUGCUGUACCUCCUGCUCCCGGCCGCGCAGCACGGGCAGCGCUCGGGGGGUGCCCGCGCUGCCGAGGGGCUGCGGGGCCGGCGGGCGGCCAACGCCACCGCGCAGGCGGGAGUGGCCGUGGGGAAGCCCCCGGUAUUCUUCAGGGAGGUUUCCGCAGGGCCGCAGCCCCGCGGCGCCGCCGGUCCCGGCAGGCCCGAUGUCCUGUUCCUGCACGGCCAGGCCUUCACCUCCAAGACGUGGGAGGCCUUGGGCACGCUGGCGCUGCUCGCCGCAGAAGGCUACCGGGUGGUCGCCAUAGAUCUGCCUGGCUAUGGGGAUUCACCCCCAGUGGAGACAGUGGCCACGGUGCAGGGCCGGGUGGCUUUCCUGGACCAUGUCCUCCAGGAGCUGGGCAUGCGGAGGCCCGUUCUCAUCAGCCCCUCCAUGAGUGGCCGCUUUGCCCUGCCCUUCCUGCUGGCACGGGGGGACCGCCUGGCUGGCUUUGUGCCCAUUGCGCCCGUGGGCACCAAGGACUACACUGCUGAGCAGUACCGGCGGGUCCAGACGCCCACCCUGAUCCUCUACGGUGCCCGUGAUACAAGCCUGGGGCUCCAGGCUCUGCAGAACCUCCAGCACCUCCCCAGGCACCGUGUGGCCGUGCUGCCCGGCGCUGGCCAUGCCUGCUACCUGGACAAGCCAGAGGGCUUCCACCGGGCCCUUCUGGGCUUCCUGCAUCAGCUCUGAGUGCUGGAGGUGGUGCCGGGCGGUGGGAGAGGUGGCUGCCGUCAGGGAGCCUUUCCUCUUUUGGAGUGUCUCCAGGAUGGCAAGAGAGGCCGAGCUGAGGGUGUCCCUUGCUGGCAGGACGAGGCGUCAUC